GAUGAACCCUAUAACAUGUGAAAUCCCACCAAGUCUUACUAUCUCUGCAUCUCUUUUUCUUCUCUCUCCCACUCAAUGGAGAAGAGAAGUCCACUCAAAGAUGAAGCUUUACUGCAGCAUCCAUGUCUCCUUCUUGUUGUUCUACUCUUGGGUUUUGUUGUAAUGGAUCCCUUUCACAUGGGUCCUAUAGGAGGCCAUGAAUUCAUGCCUGUGAAGCAUGAUAUUGCACCGUAUAAACGCGUUAUGGAGGACUGGCCUAGGGACAACCGGAGCAGGCUAGGACAGGGGAAGUUGGAGUUUGUGGAUGAAGUUUUCGGCCCUGAAUCUUUGGAGUUUGAUAUUUUUGGGCGUGGCCCUUACACUGGAUUAGCCGAUGGCCGGAUUGUGAGGUGGAUGGGAGAUAGUGUUGGGUGGGAAACAUUUGCGCUUGUGACACCAAACUGGUCAGAGAAGCUAUGUGCCAAGGGCAUUGACUCAACAACCUCUAAGCAAUGGAAGGUAGAGCAAAGGUGCGGUCGCCCCCUUGGCCUAAGGUUCCACAAAGAGACUGGAGAUCUGUACAUAGCCGAUGCUUAUUACGGCCUCUUGGUUGUGGGACCUGAAGGUGGUCUUGCUACUCCUCUAGUGACUCAUGUUCAAGGGAAGCCAAUACUCUUUGCAAAUGACCUCGACAUCCACAAGAAUGGAUCCAUAUUUUUCACAGAUACUAGCAAGAGAUACAACAGAAUGAACCAUUUCUUUAUAUUGUUGGAAGGAGAAGCCACUGGUAGGCUUCUGAGAUAUGAUCCUCCUACUAGAACAACUCACCUUGUCUUGGAUGGUUUGGCUUUCCCCAAUGGAGUACAGUUAUCUGGGGACCAGAGCUUUCUCCUCUUCACUGAGACUACUAAUUGCAGGCUAAUGAAAUACUGGCUAGAAGGUCCAAAAUCCGGAAUCGUGGAACUUGUAGCCAACCUGCCAGGUUUUCCAGACAAUGUCAGGCUAAACGAAAGAGGCCAAUUUUGGGUUGCCAUAGAUUGUUGCAGAACUCCAGCACAGGAGGUUUUAACUCACAAUCCAUGGUUGAAAAACAUCUACUUCAGGUUGCCAGUAAAGUUGAGUAUGUUGGCCAGGUUGAUGGGGAUGAAGAUGUACACGGUCAUCUCUCUGUUCAAUGAGAAGGGAGAGAUACUAGAAGUUCUUGAAGAUCGAAAAGGCCUUGUGAUGAGGCUGGUCAGUGAAGUUAGAGAGGUGAAGGGAAAGCUCUGGAUUGGAACUGUGGCUCACAACCACAUUGCCACCCUCUCUUACCCUUAAUCCCAUUUCAUGCUUGAAAGCUUCUUGGUGUAUUUUCAUGAGCUCUUCUUGCCAUAUUUUGUUUGUCUAAGAUUAGAGUUCUAUGAUUUCUAACUAAUAUGUGAAAAUAUUGAUUUA